CAUACACAUAGGGAAGUGUGGCUAAAAACAAGUAAAUUAUAUCUUCCUUCUUUGUGAUCUAGAUAUACUGUUGAAGAGAAGAAUAUACUGCAUAUUUAGUUUUAGGGUGUAGUUUUAUUGGAGGGAGUUGUAUAGAACUACCUUUAUUUUGUCAGUCAGAUCUCUCGAGACGUACAUAAUACUCCAAGGAAGUACAGGUGAUUGUGGCAUACAUGUAUCGCUGUUUCCUAGAUUUGCAUGUAGAAUGGAAUCCACACACGGCUCACUUGUAUACGAGAACGUCGUUCCGUGUGGUGGGUGUGACAACCAUGUACAGUUUGUGUGUGAGCCAUGUAAUGAUAGUUUCUGUAAAGCUUGUGUGGGGGAGCAUCUGUCUAAACGAGACAGCGGAAGUCAUGACGUGAAAUACCACCAAUCCUUUAGCGAAAAGCAACAAAAGACGCGUAAGGGACAAGGAAAUGUACCCGUCAUAAAAUGUGUCGUUGAUGGCUGGCAGAUGAGCGGGAAAACAAGCAUGAUUAAAGCCUACAUCGACGGCAAGUGCCCGGAUUUUGGAAGCAUCCAACCCACUUUGCAUGACGUACAUUCCGUUGACUAUCAGUACCAGGGCAGUGAGGUUGCCAUUCAUUUGUAUGACAUUCCGUCAUGUGAAUUUUACGAAGGACUCAAAAGACUCUUCCUUCAGGAACAAACCUAUGACGUUUUUCUUCUUUGCAUUCCUAUUGAUUUCGUGAAUUUUGAAAAGGAAUCAAACAAUCUUCUGAAAGACUUGCACUCCUGCCUUCCGGAUCCGCCCCCGAUAAUUGUGAUCGCAACAAAAAUAGAUCUCCGCAACAAAAUAGGAGAUGAACGACAACAGAAGUUAUUGAAGUCAGAUGAACUGCGUAAUUUCGCGCAGACGAUAAAUGCUGUCAACUAUUUUGAAUGCUCAGCCAUUAAAAACGAGAGCUUCGCAGAUAUUCUACAAGCAGUUGCUGCGAUAUACUUCACGCCGGGCAGGAUGAAAAAGAACAGGCACCACCUUAUAAAGCACUGUCUUUUAAUGUAGAGGUCUUCGUGGAAACCAUAUUUAUUUUUCUUAUAUUUUAUUCUCUUGAUGACUUUGUUUUCGGAGGCGAGAAAUGGCAUAAUGUAUACUAUGAUUAUACAAAGAUUUACAUGUUAUAUCACACAUUUAGUAUAAUUUCAUCAUUAUCAUCAUCAUUACUCGGAAGUUGUUUUAAAUAUUUGUAAAGUAUAAGUAUAGUGAAUAAUGAUGUACAUUUUGUA